UUUCAUGUCUUAUCAGCUCAACUUACGAGACAGUCACGUUACCAUAAGUAAAGUUGUUAUUCAUUCAGAAGUGAAGGCGCCGGGUUCUGUAACGCUGUCCAGGGACAGAUCAGAGUGAAGAUGUAUCGUGUCUGGAUCAGUAUCUUCCUCCUCUGUGCUGCUGUGACUGAGGGAGGGAAAGUCCUGGUGUAUCCGGUGGAUGGGAGCCACUGGGUGAACAUGAAGGUCCUCAUCGAGGAGCUGCACUCCAGAGGCCACCAGGUGGCGGUGUUCCGACCGAGAGACAGCUGGUACAUCAAGGAGAAGUCACGCUUCUACACCUCCAUCCCUCUGGAUCACGACUCUGGAUUUGAUGAAGAAUUUGUAAGUACUUUUGUGACCCAAUUAAUGAAGCUGCAGCAAGAGGGAACAUCAAUUUGGGCCCCCUAUGAACUGAUGAUGGAAAUGGCACAAAAGGCUUCUGAGAUGCACAAGAAGAGCAGCAACUUGCUUGAGGCACUCUUGGAGAACAAAGCUCUAAUCCGGUCUCUCAAGGAGGAGCACUAUGACCUCAUCCUGACCGACCCUGCUAUUCCUGCAGGUACUAUUCUCAGCCACUACCUAAAGAUCCCACUUGUUUUCAAUGUCAGAUGGGCUGGAAGUGGUGAAGGACACUUUGUUCUCGCACCUUCUCCUCUGUCUUACAUCCCCAUGACAGGGACAGAGUUCAGUGACAAAAUGAGUUUCUCAGAAAGAGUCUUUAAUAUGCUUGGUUAUAUUUAUGGUGAAUACCAGACCGCAGUGUAUAUCGCACCGCAUUACACAAAGGUCAUCAAUAAAUAUCUAGGUCCAGAGAUGGACUACAACUCCAUUUUCCAAGCUGCAGAUCUGUGGCUCAUGAGAGUGGACUUUGUUUUCGAGUUCCCUCGUCCCACCAUGCCCAACAUCAUCUACAUUGGUGGCUUCCAGUGCAAACCUGCAAAACCACUGCCUGAGGACUUGGAGGAGUUUGUCCAGAGUUCUGGAGAACACGGGGUCAUUGUCAUGUCUCUUGGGACAUUAAUUGGAGCACUUCCUGGUGACAUAGCGAACAAUAUCGCAGCAGCGUUCGCCAGGCUACCGCAGAAGGUCAUCUGGAGGCACACAGGUGACAGACCAACAACCCUGGGCAACAACACCUUGCUGGUUGACUGGAUGCCACAGAAGGACCUCUUAGGACAUCCCAAAGUCAAACUGUUUGUGCCUCACGGAGGAACCAACGGUGUCCAGGAAGCCAUCUACCACGGCGUCCCAAUACUUGGAAUGCCACUGAUCUUUGAUCAGCCAGAUAACGUCUUGCGCAUCGUGGCACGUGGGGCUGGAAAGAUGAUUCGUUUCUCCCAACUGACAGAAGAGACUUUCUACAAGGAUCUCCAGGAGGUCCUGACCAACCCGUCCUACAGGAGCAACAUGCAGAGACUCUCCAGGCUUCACAGGGAUCAGCCCAAGACGCCAAUGGACACUGCCAUCUUCUGGCUAGAGUUUGUAAUGAGACACAAAGGAGCUGCCCACCUCAGAUCUGAGUCCUUCAAGCUCUCCUGGUAUCAGUAUCACUGUGUCGAUGUCAUGCUUGUGUUAGCGACAGUGGUGAUCCUGACAGUUGGCCUUGUUGCUUCUUUCAUUCGGUGCUUAUGUUCGAUAGUUUGUCGCAGAACAAAAAGGAAACAUGAUUAAAAUCAUCUUCUCAACAUGAGAUUGAAUUAAAAAAUCGGAACAACAGAAC